AUGUCAGAUAGUAUUAUCGCCGUCUUUCAUACAAAUCCGUAUACAGCCCAUUUUUCGAACUUAAUGAAUUUUCAUUUCGUGUUAUUUUGUUCCAUGCACCUAUUUAUUAUGUAUGCAUUUGAUUGGCUUAACUAUCUCGAAUAUGCUUUAUGCAUAAACAGCUAUUGUCUUAUUCAGUUUGGAGAAAUAAGUGAUGCUAUAAUUAAUACUACACAAAAUAGUGGCAAAAAAAAUAAUCUUAUCGAUCGAUUGAGCAAUAUAUUAGCCUUUGUGUUGUACCUCAAUAUCAACUUAUUUAUUGUAUACACUUCUAUACAUACAAUUUAG